AAGGUGGCUAACUUUGAAAAGUGUGUGUGACAUCGUCACGGAUUGGUUUCCAUACCUAGAAAACUAAAUUCAAUAAGGAGAAUACAGGACUGAUUUAACAAAGACUGUUAAUUUGGGAAUAUGCCGAAGAAUAAAGGUAAGGGAGGAAAGAAUCGGCGACGUGGUAAGAACGAGAAUGAAUCUGAAAAAAGAGAGUUGGUAUUCAAAGAGGAUGGCCAAGAAUAUGCACAGGUGAUUAAGAUGUUGGGAAAUGGACGACUGGAAGCUAUGUGCUUUGACGGAGUUAAGCGACUAUGCCACAUCCGAGGAAAACUACGGAAGAAGGUUUGGAUCAACACUUCAGACAUCAUCCUGGUGGGACUUCGAGAUUAUCAGGACCAAAAAGCAGAUGUUAUCCUGAAGUACAAUGCUGACGAGGCCAGGAGUUUAAAGGCCUAUGGCGAGCUUCCUGAACAUGCUAAAAUCAAUGAAACUGAUACGUUUGGACCUGGCGAUGAUGAGGAUAUUCAGUUUGAUGACAUUGGUGAUGAUGAUGAGGACAUUGAUGACAUCUGAAUCAGGACAGUUAUGUGCCACCUUGUUUUUUUUUUUAAGGGGAAAGUGGAUAUUUCUUUACAGGCACUGCCACCUUGCCAACCACUCCCUGCUUCCUCAAGUCAGUUGAGGCAGCUUAUUCACCUUUUGUUGAAACUGCUUAAAGCCUGGAAUCUAUCACUGAGAACUUCAGCAAAUCCACUUCAGUUCACACACUUCAUAUUUUGUUAUAAUUGUAAUGUAUAUGCAUAUUUAUAUUUUAUUCUAUCUUAUGUGGAAUAUAGGCAAAAAAACACCAGUAUUUACAAUAAAAACUUAAAUCAUUUUAUGUUUUGUCUGGAUAUUUGGUUUAACAAAGUAUUUCUUUUUUUUAUUAUGAAUAAAGUACAUAUUUUUUAUGAAUGCAUACUUGUAUAUGCUUUGUUCUUAUUGAUAAAAAGAAAUAACAUCUUCGC